GUAAUCACAAUUUAUGGCGCCAACUUCAACGUAACUGUAAAAAGCAAACGUUUGACGUCAUUGAUGUUGACGUUACGUUUUGGAUAGAAAAAUGGGGAAAAAUGAAAGUUCUUAGUAAAAUAGUAUUGCUGUUUAUGCUGUUUUUCGAUAAUUGUUUUAACAUAAACAGCAGAUUUGUUUAUCAUGAUACAAACGAAGAAGAGAACAGACCAGAUUUUACGAAGUUUCAUAAAAGAAGUGAUCCGGUCCCAUUGAAAAGUACAAAACACUUCCAUGUCCAAAAGUUUCAAGGAGAUGAGAACGUGAGGAAAACAGAAAUUAGAAACAACGAACAAAGGGAAAGUCGCUAUUUUAAGCAUGAGAGGCGAAAUGCUAACGAAAAACAUCUUUUCAAAAGGGAAGACAACGCAAGCAAAGAACAGGAAAAAGGUGAAGGAACUCUUUCAACCUCACCACCAAAAAUAAAAGAAAACAAUGAUGUCACCACAAAAGAACCAACAGAAAGUAAUCUUGUUACUACAGAAAUCACACCUAAGCCUACAGACAACAACCCUGACACUACAGUAAUUCCAUCUAAAACAACAAAAGACAUUACAGACAGUACAGUAUUCCCACCCAAAACAACAAAUAGUAAUCCUAACAAUGAUGUCACUACAAAAACACUAACAGAAAGCGAUCCUGGGGAGCCCGAUCCUGUAACCACGGAAAUCACACCAAAUCCUACAGACAACAAACCUGACGCUACAGACAUCUCACCUGAAACAACAAGUAGCAAUGCUGCCACUACAGUAAAGCCAUCAAAAGCAACGGAAAGCUAUACUGACACGACAGGAAACGCUGCAGAAAACAUAACAUCAGAAAAAUCUGACUAUGAAAACGAAAACAAUGACAACAAUGAGAAUGAGUACAAUGACUCGGACAACAUGGAUUAUCAAUCAAAUACUUCUUCAUUGGAAAAUGGAAACUUCAGACCAAACGGGUUAGAAACGGAUGUAGAUGAUCCUAAUGAUAUUAUUCUACACUUAAGUAGCAGAAGUUCUGAAACAAAUGAUCAUGAUUGUGACUAUCAUAACCCAUCUGAGGAAAAGGAAAUGACGGGAAACAAUAAGGACUAUCCUCAACCACUGCGACGAGGGAAAGGAAAUGACAGGAAAUAAUGACUGCUCAAGAUGGACGAUUGGUUGAAACAAUUAUGAAUAUUAUGAGGAUUCUAAAUUAUGUCAGUCAGUUAUGUGUCGAACUGUAUUUUGUAUUGUAUGCGCUAAGAAGUGUAAUGCUAAUGUGCCAGAAUUAAAUGAAUAAAUUACAAAGUAUUAAUUGUACUAA